UAAGGCUGGUGCUGAGGCGUGAUCCGUGUGGUGGUGCAGGGAGAAGUGUUAGCUAACUGCUAAUAAUAAAUAUGCCACCUAAAGGAAAGGGUGGUAAGGGGGCAAAAGGUGGUGCCUCGGACAGUGGAAGUGGUGACAAGAAGGAGAAAGCUCAGAAAGGAGGCACUGCAGUAAAGGUGCGUCAUAUUCUGUGUGAGAAACAUGGAAAAUGCAUGGAGGCGAUGGAGAAGCUGAAGUCUGGAGUGCGCUUUAGUGAAGUGGCAUCACAGUACAGUGAAGACAAAGCUAGACAAGGGGGUGACCUGGGCUGGAUGACUCGAGGAUCAAUGGUGGGACCGUUUCAGGAAGCUGCAUUUGCACUUCCUGUCAGCACAAUGGAUAAGCCUGUAUACACUGAUCCCCCAGUGAAGACAAAGUUUGGCUACCAUAUAAUCAUGGUUGAAGGCAAAAAGUGACGACGAUGAUGAUGAGUAGACCACAUGGCUCAUUGUGUUUUUCUUUUUCAUGUUUUUUUUUAAAAUGAUGUAAAUAUCAGUUAAUAAAAAUAAAACUGAAAAAGUCAAA